CCGCGCGCCCGGCGGACAUGGCCGCGGCGGUGGCGGUGGCGGCCGCGGCCCGGCGGCAGUCGUGCUACCUGUGUGACCUGCCGCGCAUGCCGUGGGCCAUGCUGUGGGACUUCACGGAGCCCGUGUGCCGCGGCUGCGUCAACUACGAGGGCGCCGACCGCGUGGAGCUGGUGAUCGAGACGGCGCGGCAGCUCAAGCGGGCGCACGGCUGCGGCCCCGAGGCCCGCUCGCCGCCCGGCGCCGCGCCCGCCAAGCCCCCGCCGCCGCCGCCGCUCUCGGCCAAGGACCUGCUGCUCCAGCCGCCGCCGCCGCCGCCGCCGCCGCUCGGCCCCGCCGAGGCCCCGCGCGCGCCGGGCCCCGACCGCGCCCCGCUCGCCGGCGUGGAGCGCGCCGCCCCGCCGCGCCUCGCCGCCGACUUCGGCGCCCGCGCGCCGCCCGCCAACGGCCUCCUGGUGCCCAACGGCUUCGCCAAGCUGGAGGAGCCGCCGCCGCCCGAGCUGAACCGGCAGAGCCCGAACCCGCGCCGCGCCCACGCCGCGCCGCCCACCCUGGUGCCGCUGCUGAACGGCGCGGCCGGGCCGCUGCCCCCCGCCGCCGCCGCCUCCGCCUCCGCCGCCGCCGCCGCCGCGCUCGGCCUGGGCGCCCGCGCCGCCGCCGCCGCCUCGCUGGCCGCCGCCUCGCUGGCCGCCGCCGCCGCCCUGGGCCCCGGCCCGGCCCCGCCCGCCGCCGCCGAGCCGCCCGCGCACAAGCGCCCCGCGUCCGCGUCCCUCACCGCCGGCGGCGCGCCCGCCGAGCCCGAGCCCCGCGAGGGCCCCAAGGAGAAGCCGCCGCCGCCGCCGCUGCCCCUGGCCGCCGCCGACCCGGGCGCCGAGGGCGCGGGCAAGGGCCGCGGCCCCGCCGAGCCCGACUGGGCCGGCCGCCCCAAGACGGUGCGCGACACGCUGCUGGCGCUGCACCAGCACGGCCACGCGGCGCCCUUCGAGGGCAAGUUCAAGAAGGAGCCGGCCCUGGCCGCGGGCAGGCUGCUGGGGUUCGAGGCCAACGGGGCCAGCGGGCCCAAAGCAGUGGCCAGAACGGCUAGGAAAAGGAAGCCCUCCCCGGAGCCGGAAGGAGGCGAGGCGGGCCCCCCUAAGAUCAACGGCGAGGCCCAGCCCUGGCUGUCGACGUCCGCCGAAGGGCUCAAGAUCCCCAUGACCCCCACGUCCUCUUUUGUGUCUCCGCCGCCGCCCACUGCCUCUCCUCAUUCCCACCGGACCACACCGCCGGAAGCGGCCCAGAACGGCCAGUCCCCCAUGGCAGCGCUGAUCCUCGUGGCAGACAACGCGGGGGGCAGCCACGCCUCGAAGGAUGCCAACCCGGCCCACUCCACCGCCAGGAGGAACAGCAGCAGCCCCCCCUCGCCGUCCUCCGCGAGCCAAAGAAGGCUGGGCCCCCGAGAGGCGGGCGGCCAGGGCAGCGGCGGCCCUGGAGGACUGGAGCCCGCGCACCCCACCAGCCUUCCGGACUCCUCCCUGGCAGCCAGCGCCCCCCUGUGCUGCACCCUCUGCCACGAGCGGCUGGAAGACACCCACUUUGUGCAGUGCCCCUCGGUCCCUUCGCACAAGUUCUGCUUCCCCUGCUCCAGACAAAGCAUCAAACAGCAGGGGGCCAGCGGAGAGGUGUAUUGUCCCAGCGGGGAGAAGUGCCCUCUGGUGGGCUCCAACGUCCCCUGGGCCUUCAUGCAGGGCGAGAUCGCCACCAUCCUGGCCGGGGACGUGAAGGUGAAGAAGGAGAGGGACUCGUGACUCUGCCUGCACGGAGAGGCCCGCCAGGCGGCUGCCCCCGGCCAGGACCGCCCGAAUUGUACAUAGCUCUCCAUACGCGUAUAAAUAUAUAUAUAUAAAUAUAUAUAUAUCUCCAAGACAAGGGAAAUGUAGACUUCACAAACAUGGCUGUAUAAUUUUGAUUUUUUUGAAUACAUGUGUUUCUAUAUUUUUUUGACGACAAAAGGUAUGUACUUCUAAAGGCAUUUUCUUCUUUUGUUAACGUUAUUGGCAGACCGUUUUGCUUUAUUUUCCUGGUGACAGUUACCUUCUGUGUAGGCUGUGACUUGGCUGCUUUUUUUUUUUUAAAGAGCACUUGACAAACAGAAAUGCUUCUAGCUGUAUUUGUAUGCACUUAUUUUAAAGAGAAAAAAAAAAAGCCAAAUACAUUUUUUCUGAAGUUGUAA